AUGGCGCCGAAUCCCGCCGCCGUGAGCGGCCUACUGCGCCAGACCAUCUACUACCACCUAGACAAUGCCUCGUAUGACAACGCCCUCUUCUUCGCCGAGAGGCUGGUCGCCCAGGACCCCAAGUCCAACGACGCCGCCCACCUCGUCGCCCUGAGCCAUCUCCGUCUACGAGACUUCCGAUCUGCAUACGACGUCUCCAAACCCGCGGGAUAUCGCGGGACACACCUCGGCUGUGCCUGGGUCCUCGCCCAGGCUUGCCUCGUCCUCGAGAGGCACAAGGACGGCAUCACAGCCCUGGAGAGAUCCAGGAGCCAGUGGCUCCAGACACCGGUCGUGGGAAAGCACACGCCCACUUCGCGGGCUGCCAUCCCCGACGCGUCAGCCCUCCAGUGCCUGCUGGGGAAGCUGUACCGCGGCUACGGCGACCACAACAAGGCCGUCGGCUGCUUCGAGGAGGCCCUGCGCAUCAACUCCUUCAUGUGGGACGCCUUCACCAUAUUGUGCGACAUGGGUGUGUCCGUACGCGUGCCCAACAUCUUUCGCCCUUCGGAAAGCAUGAUGCAUGGCUUCAACAUCGAGGCUACCCCCGUAGCAUUAUCGUCAUCAUCAGAGACAAAUACGCAAGCGCCGUUGGAGGUGCCCGGCAAGAGGCCGCCUGCUAGAAGCCAGAUACCAGAUCUGGGUGCCGAUCCCUUUGGCGCGGCCCCUCCGUCAUCAGCCGAGGCCACACAAGCCGAGUCCGACCUCCUCGGCGACGUCUCAUCACACAACGACUUCAUGUCAAAGAUACAGGCUGCGAGGUUGAGGCUCGUCAACUCCGGCAACAACCCGCCAGUCCCCACGCGUGGAUUGUCUGAACCCCUCACAGCAUCAGAACAAGCUGCGACGUACCAGGCACCAGCAGCCCACGGCAUCGCGGAACCUCUCCAUGCCCCGGCCCGGAGAAUACGGGCUACCCUGGCCCAGGCUGCAGAUCACGGCCUUGAGGCUCCGCCGCCCAAGAUGAACUACCGGCUGGGCACCAGGAGAACAAGGGAGAGGGAGAGGGAAGAGCAGACGCGCGCUGUCGUAGACGUCGUCUACCAGGAACUGGACUCGGCCGCGGCACCACCGCCAGCAGCAGCAGCGGCGGCGGCGACGGCGGCUGACAAACCGCGACCUGUCGCGGCGGCACCUGAUAGAAAGAGGACCGUCGCGGGUUACCCCGUGUCGAGAUCCACCAAUUCGGAGGAGGCGGCGACGCGGCGCAGUGCUCGGCUCAACACGUUUAAGCCAUCGUCGAGAGCCAACUCUGGCGCGGCGGCGACCAUGCCCCCCCCGGCAGGGCGGGAGCUGAAGAAGGCUAGGCCCCAGAUCUCUCGCAUAGUCCGCCCGGGGUCUAGCGGGUCCAGCGUCGGCCGCGUCGUCAGCGGAAACCGCAAACCGAUCGAGGACCGGGGCGACGGCGACCAGCACGGCGAGACGUCGAGUAGGAUCAGAGAAGCCUCUGCGGCACCGCCAGCUCCGACCACGACAGCAACGGCGGCGGCGGCGGCGGCGGCAGUAGCACGGCAGGCAGAGCUGGAACACGCCCGAACCGAGGAAGCCCUCCGAUGGGUGCUGGACCUUGUCAAGAAGCUAGGCAACGGGUACUACCACCUGUCACGGUUCCAGUGCGACGACGCCCUGCAGGCGCUCAGCUCACUGCCGGCAGCGCACCAAGGGACGCCGUGGGUCCUCGCGCUUAUGGGGCGGGCGCACUUUGAGCAGGCGGCGUACCCCGAGGCGGAGAAGUUCUUCCGCAAGAUGCGGGUGCAGGCGCCAUCCCGGCUGCAGGACAUGGAGGUGUACUCGACGAUACUGUGGCACCUGAAGCGCGAGACGGACCUGUCUUUCCUGGCGCACGAGCUCAUCGACGCGGCGUGGGAGUCGCCGCAGGCGUGGUGCGCGCUGGGGAACGCGUGGUCGCUGGCGCGGGAGCCGGAGCAGGCGCUCCGGUGCUUCAAGCGGGCGACGCAGCUGGAUCCGGGCUUCGCGUACGCCUUCACGCUCCAGGGCCACGAGCACGUCGCUAACGAGGAGUACGACAAGGCCCUCACGGCGUACCGCAUGGCGAUCGCGGCGGACCGUCGGCACUACAACGCCUACUACGGCAUCGGACGCGUGCAGCAGCGGCUGGGCGCGUACGACAAGGCGCACACGCACUUCCUCGCGGCAUCGACCAUCAACCCCAACAAUGCGGUGCUGAUCUGCUGCAUCGGCAAGGUGCUCGAGAAGCAGAAGCAGGUGGGCGCGGCGCUCCAGGCGUACACGCGCGCCGUCGAGCUGGCACCGCGCGCGGCGCAGACGAGGUACAUGAAGGCGCGUGGGCUGCUGGCGGUCGGCCAGGUGGAGGCGGCGCACAAGGAGCUCAUGGUGCUCAAGGACCUGGCUCCCGACGAGGGGACGGUGCACUUUCUCCUGGGGACGCUGUACAGGACUGUCAACGAUAGGCAGGCUGCUGUGCGGCACUUUACCAUUGCGUUGGCUUUGGACCCAAAGGCCGGCCCCAAGAUCAAAGAUGCCAUCGAGAGUUUCGAGGACGAUGUCCAGAUGGAUGACUCCAUGAUUGAAUGA